AUGCAACCUCCUUCUUUCUCUGGUGCCGAAGGACCUCUAGUAGCUGAAGAGUUCCUGAAGGUUACCGAGACUAUCCUUACGGUGACCCGUAUUGCCCUUAUAGAGUGGGUGGACCUUAUGGACAUCCAGCUCACAGAUACAGCUCGAAUCUGGUGGGCUGCUGAGAAGACACACCUGGAGAGGCCGAUUCUGUGGGAAAUGUUCACGUAUCGCUUCAAUAGGAAGUAUUUCCCUCAGUCAGCCCGGGAUGAGCUUUUGCACCCCACUAUUAGGAGGCAUCAGUUCCAGAAGGGUCUGGACAAGUACAUCAGAUUGGCUCUGGCUGGUAGGGCCCUCGCGACUCAUGACGCUGUUCUGGAUGCAGCGCGUGAGAUCGAGAGUGUUCAAAAGGAGACUGAGGAUCAAUAUAUGAUUCAGAGUAGAGUACCAGCAUCUCCAACCUGGAAUAUCGAGCGUCCUCCUCCGAGGAAGUACCAGGCUCCGCAAAAACGGCAGUUUUCUCAGCGACAAUCCCUUCCUCAGGGGCAUCCCUAUCAGCACCACUUGUGCUUCACCUGUGGAUCCCCCGACCAUAUUAGUCAGGACUGGUCUCUUCCCUCUCAGAAGCAGGUUUAUCAGCAGGCGCAGAGGCAGCAACCUCCGCGCCAGAUCUUCAUGAUGUCAGCUGUGGAAGCUGAGAUGAAUGACCAGGUUAUCACUGGCAAGGUUCUCGUUUCUUCCGUUUCUGCAUUAUCACUCUUUGACUCUGGGGCUUCCCAUUGUUUCUUGUCUCAUCGAUUUGUGAGUACCCACUCACUUCAUAUAACUCCUCUAACUACGGGUUGGAAUAUCAACACUGGCAGUGGUGUCUUAGUAGCAUCCAGUAGUUAUGAAGCAUGUCCAGUGGUCAUCUGCGGAAAAGAACUUUUUGUAGAUUUUCUGGUGAUUGAUUUGCUGAGCUUUGAUGCAGUAUUUGGAAUGGAAUGGUUAGGGUCAUUCUUUUCCACCAUCGAUUGUCACCGUAGAAGUGUGGUAUUUGAGAUACCGGAUCACCCAAGGUUUGAAUUCCCCAGUGGCAGUACAUCGGUUGGACCGGUAGAGUACAAAGCUAGACCAAAGAAGGCGAUAUUAACUGCCAUGCAGGUAGAACCUGAGAAGGCAAUUGUAGUUCAGGAAUUUGAAGAUGUGUUUCCCGAUGACAUUUAUGGGUUACCACCGGACCGAGCGAUUGAGUUUUCUAUAGAAUUAAAGCCUAGAACUGCUUCGAUCUCCAAGACCCCUUAUCGUAUGCCUCCGGCUGAGUUGACCGAGCUUCAGACUCAGUUGGAUGAUCUUAUGCAGAGAGGCUUGAUAUGA